GCCGGGGCGCCGCAGCUCGGGGGGCUCGUGCGCGCGCUGAUGGCGCCCAGGCCCGCGCCGCCUCCGGGCGCGGCCGCGGCGCAGCUUCCCCGGGACUACCUGCCCGUGCUGCUGCUCGGGGGCAGCCCCAUGCUGGCCCGCGGCGAGGGCGGCGGUGCCCUGCCCGGCGCGCUGGCCCAGAGGCUGCGCGAGGAGUUCCAGCUCGCGGUGGUGGACCUGCGGAGGGUGGCGGUCGAGUGCCUGGAGCUGGCCCGGAGCCACGAGCAGGAGCCCGAGUGGCCUGUGCUGGCGCGCAUGCACCAGCUCGGCCGCGAGGUGCUGCAGCUGCGCGAGGAGUGCGAGGCCGAGCGGCCCGUGCGCGCGGGCCCCCUCGUGGUCCCGCUCCCGCCCGGCCUGUGCGCGGAGAUGGUGUUCCGGAAGAUCGAGCUGCUGUCCGCGCCCCCGCCGAGGCCGCCCGAGGUGGACAGCGGCAAGGACAAGAAGAAGGCGGGGAAGAAGGACGACAAGAAGGCCGGGAAGAAGGGCGAGGAGGAGGACGAGGACAGCGGCGUGAGGCCCAAGGGCGUGGUCGUGGUCGACUUCCCGGCGGACGCCGCGCAGCUCGCCGCCUGGGAGUCGGCGCUGCGCGGGUACUCCUCGCCGCUGCUGCAGGUCCUGGACAGCGAUGCCGAUAAGCGGCUGCAGCUGAGCUCGGUGCUGGUCCCCUUCUGGGCGGACGCCGGCCUGCGGGUGCCGUCCGCGGAGGACCCAGGCGAUCAGGCUCUGCUGCCGCCCGCGGACGGCAUCACGGAGCCGCCGGUGGCGAGCAUGAUCCGGCUGUGCCCGGCAGACGACGACUCGCUGCGGAGGAUGGUGCUCGCCCAGGCGGAGGACGCCUUCUUCGCCGCGGAGGAGCCCGUUGCGACCAAGGCGCCGUCCAAGGCCGACAAGGGGAAGGAGGCCCCGCCGCCAGAGCCCGAGGAGCUGCUGGUGUGCGCCGGCCUGGGCGAGGAGCUCUCGGGCCUGCCUGCGCCCGUCGACCGGGCCUGGCUCUACGAGGACGCGCAGGCGCUCGCCGCGGCGCUCGUGGCCCCGCUCGGCGUGCAGCACGACGUGCGCGCGCCGGCGCCCCCCGCGGUGCCGCAGGCCGACGACGAGCCCGUGGAGCCGGGCGAGCCGUUGGAGGAGGUCUGCUACAGGAGCGUCCGCGAGCUCGUCGCCGCCCAGCGCGGGAGCGCGGCGCGCGGGGAGGCGGCCGCGCCCUGCGAGGAGGCCGGCGGGGGCGCCGCUGAGGCAGCCGAGGGCGGGAGCGCGGAGGUGCCCGCCGAGGGCCUCCCUGUCGACGCGCAGCCCGGGCCUCCGGGAGCCUCGCCCGCCCGCGACGCGGCCGGGUGCUGGGAGGGCCUCGACCGCGAGACCCAGGCGCGCAUGCAGCAGGCCUGGAACGAGACCAUGGAGGACUACUUUGUCGCUACCAGGAAGCAGCUUGGCCUCCUCCGCAGCUCGUCGGCCGGGUGGGCGGAGAGGCUCGUUCGCAUGCAGAAGCAGUUCCUGGAAUUCUUGCAGUCCCCGGACGAGAAGGAGCAGAUACUGGACCAGUUCCUCGAGCAGUGGCCCAAGAACCGCGCGAGGCUGUCGCAGGAGGAGGCCCUGGAGGAGCUGGACGAGCUCUCGGAGCAGCUGUGGCAGGUGGCCGACAAGCGCCGAGCGCAAGCACUGGACGAGCGCGUCGCGCUGAUGGAGGGUGGCUUCUGGGAGUCGGAGGCGGGCGCCUGCCUGCGCCUGGCCGAGGGGCAGCAGCGCCUGGAGGCGGAGCGCUUCCGCACCGGGGCUCUGCUGCUCUUCGAGGCCUACGGCCUGGAGCCGCCGCCCGAGGAGGCGCUGGGGGCGCCGACGAGGCAGGACCGCGGCGGCCGGUCCUCGAUGGCCGAGCUCGCCGACUGGCUGCGCACGUCCACCGCCAGCCUCGCUGGCGGCGACCUCGCGCUGGUUUGCGGGCUCGACGCCGGCGGGGAGGCCGCCUGCGGCGUCGAGCGCGAGCGCCGCGAGCGGCUGUGCUCGGCACUCCGGGCGGAGCAGCUGAGGCUCUCGGAGCGCCUGAUGGCCCUGGAGGGCUGGGCCAGCACGCAGCUGAAGGCGAUGCGGUUGCAGCUGAACGGCGCCUUCGCGCACAUGGACGACUGGGUCAGGGAGCGCGUGACGGCCGAGAACCAGGGCAUCAACGCCAUGAUGGAGCAGCUCCGCGCGACGGACUGGUCCGAGGACUGGGCCGGCGCCUUUGGGGCCGGGGGCGCGUCGCCCUGCCUGUCGCCAGCCGCCUCCUCGCACCUGGCGGGGGGCCGGCGCCUCUCCAGCCAGCUGGCGCGGAGGGCCACCGAGCGGAGCCUGAAGACCACCAGCCUGGCCCGCAAGCUGCGGGCGGAGCUCCAGCACGCCAUGCGCCCGCAGCCGCUGGACGCCGAGCUCCUCAACCCCGCGGAGGCCUGCGGCGGCCCCCCGCAGCCCGCGGCGACCCGCGGCAGCCUGGCCUCGCUGCCGCCGGGCCUGGAGCACCUGUGGACCAUGGACAUGCUGCGCGGCCUGCUCGGCCGCCUCGCCAAGCGCGGGGGCGGCGCGGGGGCGCUCGCGCCGGGCGCGGUGCUCGAGGUGAUGGCCGAGUGCCGGAACCUCACGCUGAGCUUCGAGGCGGAGCUGAUCCCCCAGAGCUGGGCGGCGCGCUCUGAGGGGUGCCUGGCACUGCUGUGCAGGUCGCUCACGCGCCCCGCAUGGGGCGCGCCGCAGGUGGACGUCACGGAGCUUAUGCUCACCCUCACCAUCCACGUCCGGCAGAUGGCGUGGCCCAGCCUGGACGUGCUGGAGGCCUCGCGCCGCGCCCUGGAGGCCCAGCUCGACGCCGACCAGUUGCCCGCCUGGCCGGACGUGCCCGUCUCCGAGGACGCGUUCCUGCAGUUGCCGCUGCUCGAAGAGAUGCUGGAAGGCUGCCCCACGGACGUGAAGGGCGGCCUGGGCGAGCGCUCGCGGGCCAUGAAGCUCUGGCUCUUCCAGCUCCUCGCCGGCCUCGAGGGCGAGGGCUGCGGCGGCGCCGCCACGGUCAGCGCCCGCCGCAUCUUCUGCUACCUGGGCCUGGGUUCGUCCCCCACGGACGGGCUGCGGAGGGCGCUCAGGCUGCUGCUGCCCGCUCCCCACCCGAAGGGUCAGGAUGAGGACCAGCAGGAGCCCCCGCGGUGGCGCAUCCACGACUUCUGGUGCGCGCUGUUCGGGUGCAGAGGCCGUCCCGCCGGUGCGUCGGCGGAGCCGCCGGCCCUGGCGGACUUCGUGAAGGAUCUGCUCGUCGCCAAGCGCGAGGCGACCCCCGCGCCGGAGCUCGCAGGUGCCAAGGUCGCCAAGGCCAAGUCCAACGCGAAGCCGAAGGCGGACGCGAAGGCCAAGGCCAAGCCGGGCAGCAGGCAGGGUGGGCGUACGCCCUCGCCCACGGCCGACGAGGACGACGACCUGCCCCCGCCGGUGCCGCCGGAGGAGGCCACGUGCGCACUCGAGGAGGCGGCGCUGCUGCGGCACCCGCAGGUGGUGAAGGGCCUCUGCAGCCACGGCGCCCUGCUCUGCCGCAAGGCCCGGGCCCUCGACGUGCUCUUCCCGCGCUCCGGCGAGGGCCUCGUGCCGGUGCUGUCGUCGCAGGAGGCCGCCGAGCUGCAGGGCCUCGAGGCGCUGGCGCCGCCGGCGGAGGUGGCUCCCGAGGACCCCUAGGGCGGCGCUCGGCCCUGGACGCGGCAAGAGGCCGGGUCGAGCUGGGCACCGCGCGCGCCGCCACCGGCGCGGCCGAGGGGUUCGUUCCCACUGCCUCCUGACGGCCCUGCAAGCCCCCCCUGGCGCUCGCCGCGGCCCUCUGGGGGCGAGCAGCGCCGCCUGUCGCGCCGCGCGCCGCCGCGGCGCUGCCGAGAGGCGCUUUUCACCGCUUCCUGCUGACGGCCUUCGUCGCCCCCCCUGGGGCGCUCGCGGGAGCCGCAGCCCCCCCUGGGGGGCGAGCAGCACUGCCUGCCUGCCGCGCGCGCGUUUGGGCGCCGCGCCCUCUGCCCGGGCUGCGAGAA